UUUUGAAAUAUUUUGAUUGCGUUGUAAACACGGUACUCAAUGCAGGGUACUUUGAAAAUUCUGUAUAUACUUAAUUCAUGGAUGAAAGUUCGCCUCUAAUUCCUCGUUUUUCUAGAGAAAAUCGUAGAUCAAGUUCAAAAUGCAGUCUCUCUUGUCGUUAUGCAUUGACGAUCCUCUCCAUGUUGGGGUUUUGCGUUAUGUACACGAUACGUGUGAACCUCAGCAUUGCUCUGGUCGAGAUGGCUAAUUCUACUGAUACAAAUAAUGAUGAUGGUUUACAGAGCUCUAAUUGUGAUGAAGAAGGUUGGUGUAAUACGACAUGGACGAGAUCAGCUUCUAAGGGCAGAAAAUUUGAUUGGAAUGAAGAAACUCGAGGUAUCAUCCUUGGGGCCUUUUUCUAUGGUUUUCUAGUCACACAGCUUCCUGGAGGAUGGUUAGCUUCAAAGUUUGGCGGGAAGAAUGUUUUUGGAUUGGGUGUCCUGUUUACUUCUGUAUUGACUUUGCUGACCCCACUGGCAGCUAAUCAUAGUGUUGCUGCCUUGGUUGCAGUUAGGAUUCUGGAAGGGCUUUGCCAGGGGGUAACUUAUCCAUCAGUACAGGUUCUAUUGAGUAGUUGGGCGCCUCCCCUAGAACGAAGCAAGCUAACAACUAUUGCUAUAGCUGGUUGUGAUAUAGGAAAUAUUAUCGCACAGCCGAUAUCAGGCUGGUUGUGUGACUCGACUUUUCUUGGUGGAUGGCCUUCUGUCUUCUAUGUAUUUGGUGUGUUGGGUAUUUUAUGGUAUAUUGCAUGGUUUUUCUUGGCCUACGAGAAACCUGCCAGUCACCCCAGAAUAUCAGAGGAAGAGAAAGAGUACAUCUUGUUAUCCAUUGGGACGUCACAAGAUAAGGUUUUAAAGAAGCACUCGGUGCCCUGGCUCGCUAUCUUUACUUCUCCUCCAGUCUACGCCAACUUAAUAGCGUUCUUCUGCGCAAACUGGGGUUACUACACUUUUCUAACCUCUUUGCCUACCUACUUCAAGGACAUCCUCGGCUUCAAGAUUCUAGAAGAUGGUAUUUUGUCAUCAAUACCAUACCUGUGCUGUACGAUAGUUGAAAUCAUAGCAUCAGUGUUGGCUGAUUGGCUUAUAUCAACUGGUAGUAAGAUUGCCGAUGUAAGGAAAGUCUUCAACACUGGUGCAUUUCUUGUCCCCACUUGCCUUCUUAUAUCUGUAAGUUACAUCGGAAGCGAUGGCAAAGUUCUGGCAGUCGCAUUGAUAUCAGCUUCAAUGGGAUUUAGUGCACUUUGCGAGUCAGGCUAUAGUGUUAAUCAAAUGGAUAUUGCACCUCGUUAUGUGGGGAUUAUCUCUGGUAUUGGCAAUGCUAUUGGAUCAGCAUCUGGAGUUAUUGCACCGUUUGUCGUUGGUUGGUUGACUAAAAACGAGCCAACUCGUCGUCAGUGGCAAAAGGUGCUUUACAUCACAGCAAUUAUCUAUGUACUCGGCACAGUUGGGUUUGUCCUUCUUGCUAAAGGUGAAGAACAGUCAUGGAACACACCCAAAGAUGAAAACCCGCUACCAGUGGAAUUUGAGCAAGAACAGGACAAAACAGGCCUUGCUGCAGAGGAUGGUCAAAAUACUAGUAUAAAUAAUAUAUGAGCCUUUUAAAAGUCACUAGCACAUCCACCUCCUCCAAAAAAAUAUUAAAUUGUUCUUUAAAAUCUUAAACAUUUUAAAUUAUUGGUUUAUAAAUCAAAUAAAUUAAAAAGAAAAUUUCGAGGCAGUUCUACAGCCCGAGUUUUGAGAUAUUCAGGUCUGUAGUGAGCAAUGCCCACCCCCCCCCCUACCCCCACCGUAAAUUCCGUAAAUUAUCCUAUUUUUUGUGCUACCUGUGGAUUUGGCGGGAAUUUUUGCGCCAAAACACUUAAUCGUACUAACUCUGGUAAUCUGCCACCGGGUUAUAACAGAAGACAGUAUUGUCAAUUCUUUUACAUAUUUUAAUUUUUCUCUUUUCCCAUUACUCCACUUAUUCAAAUUUUCACAGGUUUUGCGUUUUUUCUUGAAUUUUCAUACUUAUAAUUUUAUAUAAACUAUCUAAGUAACUUUAUGGAGAUGUAGAUAGAACAGAAAAACUAUUAAACAAAAUGAUACUACCUG